GACGGGCCGUGAGGCACCGCCGACCCCCCGCGCCCCGCCCGCAGCGCGCCCGCCGGGAGGAGGAGGCGGCGGCGGCGGCGGCGGCGGUGGCGCGGGGCCUGGGAAUGUGGCGGCCGCGGCGGCUCUGAGCCCUCCCUCCCCCCGCCAUCGGCCCGGCCGCCAUGGAACCGCGGCGGUGACAGCGCCGACCCGCAGCGCCCGCCGCCCGCGGCGCCGCCGCCCGCAGACAUGGAUGAACAGGAGGCCUUGAAAUCCAUCAUGAAGGACCUGGUGGCUCUCCAGAUGAGCAGACGUCACAGGCUGCCUGGAUAUGAUACCAUGAAGAAUAAAGACACUGCUCAUGCCAACAAACAGAAAAAACACAAUGCCAGCAGUCCCCCCCUCCUGGGCAGCCCUGCAAUAACGAACCAGUGUGCCUCUGCAGUGGAAGAAAAAAAAAUUCCGAAUGAUGUCAGGAUAAAGUUUGAACAUAACGGGGAGCGACGGAUUAUCCCGUUUGUCCGUCCCGUGCGCUACGAAGACGUGCAGCAGAAAGUGAAAACAGCCUUUGGGCAGCCCCUGGACCUCCACUACAUGAACAACGAGCUCUCUAUCCCUCUGAAAAACCAAGAUGACCUGGAUAAAGCUGUAGAUCUCUUAGACCGAAGCUCUAAUGUGAAAAGCCUUAGAAUAUUAUUGCUGUCCCAGGACAGAAACCAUACCAGUUCUUCACCCCAUUCUGGACUGCCCAAACAAGUCAGGAUUAAAACUUCCCAGUCUGUGGGGGAUGUGAGCACACCCUACCAGCAGCCAGAACCCAGAAGUAGGCAUCUGUCUGUCAGCUCCCAGAACACAGGGAGGAGUUCCCCCCCUCCGGGGUACGUUCCGGAGAGGCAGCAGCGCAUCGCCCGGCAGGGAUCCUACACCAGCAUCAACAGCGAGGGGGAAUUCAUCCCAGAAACCAAUGAACAGUGUAUGCUGGACCCUCUAAGCAGUGCUGAAAACUCGGUGUCAGGAAGCUGCCAGUCCUUGGACAGGUCAGCAGACAGUCCUUCUUUUCGGAAGUCACGGAUGUCAAGGGCACAAAGCUUUCCUGAUAAUAGACAGGAGUUCUCAGACCGUGAGAAUCAGAUCUACGACAAAGCAGGGAAAGGUGGGACUUACCCGCGGCGCUACAACGUCUCCAUGCAGCACAAGGACUACAACGAUGGCCGGAGGACGUUUCCCAGGAUACGGCGUCACCAAGGGAAUCUUUUCACCUUGGUCCCUUCCAGUCGUUCCUUGAGCACCAACGGGGAGAACCUGGGCCUGGCCCUGCAGUACCUGGACCCGCGGGGCCGCCUGCGCAGCGCCGACAGCGAGAACGCCCUGGGCGUGCAGGAGAGGAACAUCCCCACCAAAUCUCCAAGUGCUCCAAUAAACUGGCGACGAGGGAAGCUGCUGGGCCAGGGCGCCUUCGGCCGCGUGUACUUGUGCUACGACGUGGACACGGGCAGAGAACUUGCAGCCAAACAGGUCCAGUUUGAUCCAGAGAGCCCUGAAACCAGCAAGGAAGUGAGUGCCCUGGAGUGUGAAAUUCAGCUGCUGAAGAAUCUCCAGCACGAGCGUAUUGUCCAAUAUUACGGCUGCUUACGGGAUCGGGCAGAGAAGACCUUGACCAUCUUCAUGGAGUACAUGCCAGGGGGGUCAGUGAAGGACCAGCUGAAGGCGUACGGAGCCCUCACGGAAAACGUCACCCGGAAAUACACCCGGCAGAUCCUCGAGGGAGUCUCGUACCUUCACAGCAACAUGAUUGUGCACAGGGACAUAAAGGGAGCCAAUAUUCUCCGUGACUCUGCUGGGAACGUGAAGCUCGGGGACUUUGGGGCCAGCAAACGGCUGCAGACAAUCUGUAUGUCUGGGACAGGCAUCCGCUCCGUCACGGGCACUCCGUACUGGAUGAGCCCCGAGGUGAUCAGCGGGGAAGGCUACGGGAGGAAAGCGGACGUUUGGAGCCUGGGCUGCACCGUGGUGGAAAUGCUGACAGAGAAGCCCCCCUGGGCAGAGUACGAAGCCAUGGCCGCGAUCUUCAAAAUCGCCACCCAGCCAACCAACCCCCAGCUCCCCUCCCACAUAUCAGAACAUUGCCGGGACUUCCUAAAGCAGAUCUUUGUGGAAGCCAGGCACAGACCCUCUGCUGAAGAGCUGCUCAGACACCAGUUUGCACAGCUCCAGUACUGAAUUACCUCCCUUGCUCGCAGCUCCUGCUGGGCUUUCCGUGCCCCGUCUGGUCUCGUUGCAACUGCCCGUUGUGGUGCUGCAUCUUCAAAAUGCCAACUCAGCUGGCCUUGUCCUUUGGGGAAGUUAUGCCAAGGAACUUGGGGUCUGCUCUCGUGCCUGAUUCCUUAGUUUGCUGGACUGAUGUUCAUCCUGCCAAACAGCUGGAUUUUUGCCCUGAGAUACCUGGAUGUGACCUUGCAGCUGGCUGCGUGUUUUCUGCAGGCCCGGGAAUGGGAAUCCAACAAGUUGGAUCCACUGGUUGAACGUGAAGAAAUCUUGAACCCAGGUGGGAACUGGGAGAGCUCCACUCUUCAGAACAGAAACAUGCAACAGCCUCCAGACCAGCUCUGUGUGUGUGUGGGUCCCUGGUUUCCAGCCAGGGGCUCCAGAGGCAUCUCCAGUCCCUGAAUCCAGCCAAAAGCCAUGUGUCAUGGAGCAUGCGCUCGCUAUAGUAUGAUAUAUUUUUCUUCUUAAGUAUUCAGCAUCUGAAGGUGUUCAGAAAAUAUUGAUUCAAAAGUAUGUGAAUAGUGUUAUUUUAUAAUGAGCCCAUGGAUUUUGGGGUGGGGGUGAGGGAGGUCUUUCUAGCCAAAUGUCAGGAUAAUCAGAAGAGUUUCAGCAGAAUGCAAUCGCUCCAGGGCCUGAGGGAAGGACUCUCCCACUGACGUUGGAAAAUCCAGAGCUUGAUUUCCAAGGCUUGAUCUGCCCCAGCAUUAAGGCAGUGUCAGUUUGUGUCCCCAUAGCCAACAAAUCCGUGCUCCUGCUUCUCUCUCUGGGGCUGCUGGGUCCAAACAAAACCCCUCUGGGAGGGAGUUCUGCAGAACAACCUCCUGCUGCAUCCGUCUUUUUGGCUGGUAACGUUUUGCCAUCCUUUAAACCAAAGAUAGUCCAUCUGAUGCCCAGGAAUUUCUUCAGCAUUUCUUUGAGCACCUGGCUAAUGGAAAAUCGAGUUUUUCAUGGGUAAAUUAGCUGGACACUCAUUUUUCUUGGGCACAGGAAGUUGGAAUCGAACUCAGCCCUUCAGUGUGGUUUGUUUUAUAGGUGUGCAAGUGGUUAUUUAAGACUUCCAUAAAAUGCCCAAUUUAAAUAAGCUUUUUAGGAGUUAAGUCAAAUAAGGAACCAGAGAGAACAUUUGAAUUGGUGGCAAAUAUCUAAAAUUACCUGGAGAUCCCCACACAGGUGCCAGCAAAACAUAUCCAAGUGAUUUUGCUUUUGAAAGGUACCACAAGUCUGAGAACUUGAGUUCCUGAUGGCCUCAGACCCUCUGUGUUGGUUUAGGCACUAAUAAUCUGUGUUUCACUCAUAGAAGACCAUCAGUUUUUAAAUGCUGAGGAUUCAUGGAGUACAUAUAAGUUAUCUCUGAGAAAUGAAACUAAGAAAAGCAAAUGUUAAUUAGCUAAAAUAUUGCUUUAUAAGGCAACACUAAAGGUGUUCUGCUCUUGUAUUGGAAACCAUAUUAAGGCUUCACACACCUCCACUCUUCUCCCCCAUAAAAACUUGAAAAUUGCUUCAUAAUGCAGUAAAAUUAAAUUUUUAAGUGAAUGCUAAUGGCAGGAUAAGGCAACUUUUAAUGAAACCAAGCUCCUUGAACACACGAUAAAUACUGUGUUAAAUUU